AUGGCUCUGUCAGAAAUCAAAGAAGCUUUCCUAUCAUAUCUCAACCGAGAAGGAGGUAAAUUAGAACUGCUUAAAGCAAAUCUUAUUAAAAGUAUAUCAGAAAUAAACUCAAUGAAAAGGAUUUUGGCAGACUACUUAAGAAUUAUAGAUGAUGACAUAGCUGAAAAAGUUUCUCAAAUUGAAAGAGUUGAAUCAUCAUCAGAAGAAGCUGAACUAAGUUCAUUUUUGGGUUUUGACAUCUCAGCGUUUUCAUCACUAGAAACUUACGAAGUCUUUAAGCCAAAAAAUGAUUUUAACUAUUCAGUGUUGGAAAAUAUAAUCAGGGAUGUCCUAAAGCUUUCAAAUAAACUCAGCUUAAUUGGAGUAUCUUCAGGUAAUUCCCCAAUUGAAAUUAUCAAUGAUUUUGAAAAAGAGCAACAAAAACCUCAAAAGAAAAUAAGGGAAAUUUCUAAAAAUGAUAAUGCAAUGGAGGCUCUAACCUCGAGGCCAAAAAGGUUUCUGAGCAAUAAGAGGCAAACAAUUAAAAGCCAAUUAUCGAAAACAAGGAAAAUUAUCCAAUGCAAAGAGAUGAUUCCAGAAAAAGGAGAACUUAUGCAAGAGAAUCAAAUUGAGCCUAAAGAAAUCUAUGGGCAAUUACACUUAAGCUCAGAUAGCUCUAGAAAAUGCCUUUAUUUAACAGAUAAAGGUACAAACAAUUUAACAAAGUUGAUAAUUUACGAUACAGAAACAAGACAGCAAGAAAUAAAACUUAUUGAAACUCCCGAGCCACUUAAUAUGUUUACCUGCAUAGUAGAGCUCCCUGAUUCAAAAAUAUUUUGCUUUGGAAGCAACCCAGGAUCAGGAGUAUGCUAUAUCAUUGACAAAUUGCAAAAUAUUCAAUUAAUGCCACCUGGAACGCCAAGCAGAAAUUCAGGAGCUGUCUAUUUCGAUAACAGUGUGUAUAUAUUCGGGGGUGCAUAUCACCAAACAAAUUUAAAUUUAGCAGAAAAAUUUGACCUGAUCGAGCAAAGGUGAAUCAAGCUACAACAGCUUCCAACAGCAACUUACAAUUGUUCUUGUGCAGAAAUGAAAAAUAACUUUUACAUUUCUGGAUUUCACCAUUCUAUAAUUUACAGAUUUGAUCCUAUUCGAAACACUUAUACUGAAUUGUCUCUGAAAGUCAAAAGCUUUACACAGAAACUUUUAUUUUCCGAAAACUCCAAAAAGGUAUAUGUAGUUGAAGCUGGUGGCAGUAUUUACUCAAAUGAAAUUGAAAAUGAAGACAGCUGGCAUUUGCUUUCAAACUCAAUACUCUGCUAUUAUGAUCAAGUUUUCCUUGCUUAUGGAGAUCGGUCUGUAAAUAUUGGCUUGAAUUAUUGAAAAGACUGUUAUAAUUGUCAUUAUUUCAAAUUCUGUUUCGAUAGUAAAACGCUUUCGUUGGGGCAAGAGUAUAAAGCUUAA